AAGACAGCACUACAAAGUCAUACAAGAAAAUCUAAAGCAAACCACAGAACCUGACCAGUUAUUUCUAUACAGCUAUCUGAUCACUUCCUAUUCUUUUCUUGCUAUUCUCCGUUAUCAAACAACUGCCCUACUUAAUAGGUAGAAGAAUUAACCGUGUCGUGUUACAUACUACCAUAAAAAUGCCUUCCAAAGUUGUUUAUAUCUCUUCUCAGAUUCAUGAUUCUGAUGACGAGUUGCCAAAUUUUGUGACUAGACGUUCCUGGAAUGUAAUGCCUUCAAAGUUAGCCGUCAACACCGUGAAUCCAAUUCGCAAAAUUGUAGAGAACAUGAAAAUUACACCAAAUCCAAAGAAGUACAUGAUCGCCCUAUCAAUUGGUGAUCCCACAGUAUUUGGCAACCUGAAACCAUGUGAAAAGAUUACAGAAGCUAUUGUGGAUAGCGUACGCUCAAAGAAGUUCAAUGGUUAUGGAACGAGCGUAGGUUUGGAGGAAGCUCGCGAAGCCGUGGCAGUUUAUACGUCUUGUCCAGGAGCAUCUAUUGAGGCCAAGGAUGUUAUUCUAAACAGUGGCUGUUCUCAUGCGUUGGAAAUGUGUAUGACUGUGUUAGCCAAUCCUGGUCAAAAUAUCCUCGCUCCCAGGCCUGGCUUUCCUCUUUAUCGUACAUUGGCAGAAUCAACUGGGAUAGAGGUUAAAUACUACGAACUUUUGAGCUAUGAUGUGAUAUUUCAUGCUAUGUGGAUGUUUCAUAAUAUUGCCCUGUCAUGGGACGUAUUCAUUUCCUUGUUUGUUGUACCCAACAUGAAAUGUGAUAGUAGAGAAAAAAAACAAGUUUAUGCCUGUUCUGGUAGGGCAUUUCUGGGACUAAAACAGAGCAAUAAUUUGAUAUUACAGAUACGAAAGGGUUUACAGUCACUCAGUCAGAAGAUCAUGGGACCAUGUACAUUAGUCCAGGGGGCGCUUCCUACAAUCCUGAAGGAAACGUCUCAACAAUUUUACAACGGAACUAUUGAGUGUGUUAGGAGAAAUGCUGAAAAAUCCUACACAAUCCUUUCCAAGGUCCCAGGCCUGAACCCCAUUAUGCCAGCUGGAGCAAUGUACAUGAUGGUGGGCAUCGAUAUGGAUCGGUUUGGGGAGUUUAAAAGUGAUCUAGAGUUUGUUGAACGCAUGGUCAGUGAGCAAUCUGUGUUUUGUCUUCCUGGAACGUGCUUUAACUAUCCGGACUUCAUACGGAUCGUGUUGACUGUUCCAGAAGAACAGAUGCAAGAAGCUUGUGAACGGAUUGCUGAUUUCUGCAACCACCAUUAUGAGUGCUAUUAGAACGCUAACGAGAACGACACCGAUCAUUUUUCAGAAGAAGUCUGAGGCCAAAUUCUUGAAUUUGUAACUCUUCUAAAUCAUCCCAACACUUCUUUGGUAUUCAAAAAAAAAAACGGACUCUGACACUAUAUUAAACUCCAAAUGAAAAUAAAAAUCCCUUCAACAGGAAAAUUGAUUACGAGCUCAUAGUUUACUAAUUAGAUGUUUCUAUAACUCUCUCUCUCAUUAUAUAACAGUUAACUCCCAGAGAUUAGCAGCUCUAAGCUGCUCAACUAAUCUGCUUGCUAAAUUUCAAGUUAUUCGGCACGACGGAAAUUUCUGGAAUAACGCACAACUUGAGUUGUGGAACACCUUGUGGACGGCCUUAGGUAUUACUCUCCAUAUGCCUGCAACAAAGUAACAUGUACUUAGUGACGUAGGGUUAAUAUAUUGGAUCUUUGUUCUCGGUGUUAGACUCGCACAGUAUUUAUCUCAAAUGCAAAUAUAUCUUGAAAUAAUAAAUUAACAGUCGUAGUUUUUUGUGACAUAAUAUUUUGUGACGUAUGGCUUUUGAAAAAAGAUACGUCACUUUGUAAGGGGUUUGUAUGUUUCGGGUGUUGUGUUUCAGGGAACUUGAGAAACAUUGUUGUUGCCUUAUGUUAACUAUAUAUCGGACAGUUCGUUUUCUUAAUGAACACACUGAAGGAAGUUGGACAUAUAGAAUGAAAGAGACGCGAUUUUGUCGCAGAAAAGGUUUAAUCUUCUACUGGCUUUACGAGAGAACAUAACUGUAAUAUGGCAAAGCCUAAAUUACGAUUUGUUGUGUAAAUUGCAUUUGUUCGUCCAAAGAAAACUGGUUGUAAGUUUAGCUAAAAAGCGGGAACAAAUGGCGAAAAGUCACGUAUGUUAUUUAAUAUCUAUGUACAUAUGACAUACUGUUCCGAAGUUUUCCAAUUGAAGUGUUUCUUUAUUGUCUUGUAUAUUGUGCAGUAGAAAUAUGUGACAUUAUUGCUGUUCUGAAUUGUAAAACCAUUCGUAACAGUGUUUAUGCUAGACUGGACAAUACUACUUUGCAGUACUGUUGCGUCUCUCGGAAACAAUACGGGCAAACUUAUAGUGUAAAUAUGAAUUAUUCUUCAUUAGUUAACACUGUAAUAUUUGGAAGUUUUCGGCCGUGGUAAUCUUAAUAAAAAUCUUUGUUUUGUUUUUUUUUCUUGUAAGUAAAUACAUCCGCGUUGGGUUGUAUUUUUACAGAUUUCCUCGUUUUAAAUUGAUGUUUAUAAUUACUUGUAAUGUUCCUUUGCUGUAUCAUUUUGUUGGUAAAUAAAACUACUAGCGUGUUUUGUAAAUUAA